CCUGCAAUACAUAUCAGAGGUAUGAAAAGCAACCAGCCUACCCUUAUAACCUCUCCACCGCUCCUACUCCCACAAAUCCUCCCUCGCUCAAGUCCCCAAGACCGCCCUCCACACCCAACAACCAUUUUCCUUAAAGCCUCACUCACCAGCUGUUACUCCAUCAAGAGCAAAAAGUGAGCUUGUAUCCAAGAAUACCCACCACAUUCACCCAAACCGCAUGCUUCCUCACUCCUCGAAUCCCGACAGCCGAAUUACCGUCAGUGAUCGGUACCAAAAGGCGCAAAAAGGCCCCCUAACUAUGUGCCUUCAAAAUCGCUUAACUACUAAAAAAGACUCUGGAGAGAUGGAACCGAGAUCAAGAAGCAGCCAUCACAACAGCACCACGAAAGCACCGCCGAGCCAUUCAAGCCGCAAGGAGAAAAUAGAUACAUAUCCUGAAGGCUUCAAGUCGGGCUCCAAAAGCCUGUCAACUAUCCAAGGGCUAGUUUUCGUCGCAUCAACGAUACAAAGGAAUGAGCAUAUGCGUCAUCGUCCGCCUCGAAUCACACUACUCGGAGACGCUAGCGGGCCGAGCCUUCCUUCAACCUUACGUUUGUGCAGAUACACGAAAUACAAGCAAUACGCACAUCACAGUCAUCUCGAUUGUCAUGGGCAGGUAAUUUCAUUCACACUGCCAAACGGUCUUUACAGUACAUUUUCGCUCGACGCUAUCUAGGUAGAGGUUUGGCCGUUUAUGGGUAGGGGUUUCGGCCAGCUAUGCCAACGUUCUACAACACAACCGAUGCUUAAGCAAGGAUUGCUCCUAGUAGGAGGCCAGUUUCGUGGCGAAGAAUGUGGUUUCGAGUUCCCCGUCAUCCUGAGUACUGGCACUUUAUUGAAGCAGUAGUUCUGCAUCUGAGCCG